CUAUUUUAUAAAAAUAUGGUUUCAAAACAGGCAUUCAUUUUUGAACGAAUGAGGUAGCUCUCAAAAUGGACACAUCGGUAUUUGUCAACAUGGCUGGCCCUCAUUCCUUGAAAAAAAGAAAGAAAGAAACUUGUGACCUCUUCAGCUCUUCUUCACUGUGCAUCCAUAUAUGUAAGCUUCCCAGUACUAACCAUGCAAUUAGCAUGUAAUAAUCUCCUACUAGCUAUAGCUAAUUAAUUAGCUACUAGCUAAUCCCUUCUUCCUUUGUAAGCUAGCUAGCACAACGAUGGUGAUGCUGCGGCUGCCUAGCGUUAAACUCUGGAGAGCAAUGGUGAGGGUGCACUCCUCCUGUUCGUCGCCGCCGUCGCCGGCGCCGGCGGAGCAGCUGGAAGAGGCCGCCGGUGCUCCUCCGGCGGCGGCGGCGAGUACGACAGCUAGACGGCACUGGAGCGAGCAGCGGGAGGUGUUCACCAUCUGGAUGAAGUCGCUGGUGCUCAACGGCAGCGGGUGCACCGUGUACGACUCCGGCGGCCGCAUCGUCUACCGCGUCGACAACUACGGCUCCCGCCGCGCCGCCGACGUCUGCCUCAUGGACCUCGCCGGCAACGUCGUCGUCCAGAUCCUCAGCAAGGCGAGGCUGGGGCACCUGGUCGGGAGGUGGGACGGCUACCGCCCGUGCCGCGGCGGCGGCGCCGGCGGCGAGCAGCGGCCGUGGUUCAAGGCGGCGAGCGAGGCGUGGCGCGGCGGCGGGGGCCCCCGGUGCGAGUUCAGGAGCGACGACGGGCGGGCCGUGCAGCGGUACAGGAUGGAGGGGAGGCUGCGGGAGGCGGCGCGCGCGGCGAGGAUCGUGGACGGGGCGACGGGCGCGGCGGUGGCGGAGGUGAGGAGGAAGACGACGGCGGGCGGCGUGGCGCUCGGCGACGACGUGCUGACGCUGCUGGUGGAGCCCAACGUAGACCGCUCCCUCAUCCUGUCCCUCCUGCUCCUGCAUCAUGAUUGGUAGCUAGCUUUAGGAGAAUUUACCAACCAACCAACUUUCGAGGGCUAGGAAAUUCAGUUUCUGGCUUCUAUUUAAUUUUCUCGAUUAUAUAGCUAUGUAUUUAUAGAAUCUAGAGCCGAAAUUUACGAGAGAAGCGCGCUACAGCAGAAGUUCUCAAACACUACCUGUACAUAUUGCAUAUGCUAGAAGGAUUAUUUGUUUUUCCUGUUUUACUAAUUUGCUCAUAAUGUACAUGAUUAGUGGUAGUUUUUGAGCGGGGAUUUUGCUUCUUGAUGAUGUAUCAGGGAUAGUUUUGGUGUGUAAUUAGCCAUCUAUGAUCUUGCUUUUCUCCCCCUUUUGGCAAUUUUUAGAGGAUUGGAGAUUUCGAUCGCUCAGGUGUUCUUGCUCAAGAUCGAACGAGAGCUUGAGAUUUGGAUGCUUAAUUACUGCAAACAUUUUGCUCUAAAAACUUGCACAUAUGGUAAUUGGAUUGGAGAUAUUAAGACAUCUAUAUAUAUGGAGAUAAUAUAUAUACCGAUCAUUUUUCACACCUCCCAUAUAAUUCUACUUGUACAUGCAAAAGGAAAAGAAAAUAGUUGUACAUGAUAUCACAGCUUCGUAGUUGCACGAAUGGCUCACUAGUUGAAAAGCAAGGGAUUUUUUUUUGGUGAAUUGUUGGAAGGCAAGUCGAAGAACAGUAACAACAGAGCAUAGAAGAGGAUUCUCUGACUUACUUCUCUGACUUACUUUCCUCUGACUUUGAGUCACUAAUAUGUGAACCCGGACACAAGUUAGAGAGGCCUAUAUGUCAGUGACACGAGUUAGAGAAAAGUAAGUUAGAGGAUCUCUGUGGAUCCAAAGAGGACACGCAGUACAGCCGAACACAUCUGAAAACACAGCCCGGAUAACAGUACCCAUCCAUUUCCCAUGGUAAAACAUAACACAACUCAUAGAUCACGCCGCAUGAAUUAGCUCAAAUAACUCGUACUCGGUUUAGAGGAUUUUCACGAGAAUUUAGAGAAACUAAACUGUUCCUCGCGAAAAUCCUAAAAAAUUCCUGCGUUCCAAAGAACAACUCGUGCAAUUUUCCCAUACAUCCAUGAGGGCAAGCAGGAGGCCAGGCUCUAUUCAACAGGAGGUGAAUCGAUAAUGGUAACCCGCAUCUCCAUAUAUAAUAUUAUGAUCAGUAAAGGGGCAGUACCAAAACCUGGUAGACAGUCGACAAAUGGAGUAACAACGGACAUGUUUAAAAUGAAUUUUGCGGUGACCGCAAUAACAAGUUAAUUGGCCUGGAUGCUCAUACUGUACAAUUGCACAGGCACAACUUUAACCUAAAAAAAUUUGAAUCGCUGUCACGAAAUGAGAAAAAUGACGGUGAACCAACCGGCCCGGUAAGAGAUGUCAUUCUCGGAACUGGCUGCCUGACCUGACUAUGGGGACUAGAAAUGUAAUCUAUUUUUGCGGAUGGUGAUAUGUUGCCGUCACUACCCCCAGGUCCACCACAGCAGGCAAUUUGUAAGCCACAUCCCGAAUCCCAUCUUCCUCUUUCGCCAAAAUCGACAGCCCACACCAUGGCGACGAUUGAAUGUCUUAUCCCAUCCGCCUCGAUA